AUGUGCGCAAAUGUUACCCCCUCGACUCCGACGUCGCUGUCGCCGUUACCAUCGACGAUAGGUCGCUCGCUGCUGUCGAGGAUAACCGCGCCGCUAAAGUCGCGUACGAGAAACCUCACCGAGUUCCACAUCCGCCCGGACGAGCCCCAUCGGAAAUACUCCCCCGGGGAUGUGGUAAGGGGAGCUGUCGUGCUCACCGUUGUCAAACCGAUACGCCUUACCCAUCUUACCGUAUGCCUCCACGGCUACGUCCGAGUCUUCAAGAGCCCCAAUGGCGCGAACGACCCGUUUAAUUUUGAGCUGGAAUUUCCCAAGAAGCGGCUUCCCUCGAGUGUCGAUUUCGAGAGAGGCACCAUCACCUACCUGAUCACUUCCACGAUUACGCGCCCUACAUCGAUCACUCCAACCUCGAGUUGCGACCAAAAGCUUUCGCUUGUUGAGACGGUUGAUAUUGGACCCAUGCAGCCACCCAAGCCCCAGAAGAUUUCCCUGGAACCAAUAUCGCGGCGCGUCAGGAGGAGAAAGACUGCGAAGUCAAAAGAGAACGGUUCUCAUGAGAAUACCGAGCAGGGUGCCAGCUCUGGAAGCGAUGCACCACGCGUGCCAACCUCCCCGCUCCCCGAUGAUUCUGCGAGCCAAUGCGGAUCGGCGGACCAGCAGAACGUAAGCCCUCGGAGCCCGGUCCCGAGUGACAUACAAAGCACGGUGUCCGCGGGGAACAGCGGUGGAAGUACAGUGAGCAGUAGCACAGGGCUCAGCUUCAGGCUGGGCACGGCGCCUGCAUCUACGAGGUCAACGCAAGAAGGCCGCAGGGAUAGCAGCAAAUUGUCUCUCGAGGAUCAGACUAUCACUGCCACCAUCGAACUUCUGAAGUCGGGCUGUUUACCCGGCGAUAACCUUCCACUGAAAAUUUCCAUAAGGCAUACGAAGCCUUUGAAAAGCAUGCAUGGAAUCAUUAUUACGUUUUACAGACAAGGCAGAAUCGAUUCGGCGCCCCCUCUAUAUCUUUUCGCGGAUAUCAAGGGUAAAGAGGCUGAGAGGCUGAAGCACGAGGAAUACUACCCCAAAUCCAAAACGGGGCUGGGCGGGCUCUCCUUGUCGUCCGCAGGAUCGAGCAGUAUGUUCCGAAAGGAUCUGUCCCAAACGUUCGCUCCUAUUCUGGUUGAUCCCACGACUUUGACAGCAGUAGUCAACGCUUCAGUCAGAGUUCCAGAGGAUGUCUUUCCCACCAUAUGCGGUGUUCCUGGGCAGAUGAUCACUUUCAAAUACCAUGUUGAAGUUGUGGUUGAUAUGGGUGGUAAGCUGGCCGGUCAGCAGCGGCAUGUUCCUCGAGUUGGAGCUGUUGCCCUACCCUCAUCGACUUUCUCAGCAGGGCCGCCCAGAGAUGUUAAUCCUAAUAUUCUGGCGGCGUGGGGUGGGAGUAUUGUUGAUACGGCGAAUAUCAGGCGAGAAAAGAGUGUCGUUGAAUGUCGCUUCGAAGUUGUCGUGGGAACGAAAGAUACGGCUCGUAAGCGACUCAGGGGCAACAGCUUCGUCAGGAGACCAACACUCGACCCUUCGGAUGAGCCUGUUUCAACGCGUGAACCUAUCUAUGAAGAGUCUGUGGCGGCGGUCGAUCAGCACAACCCUCGGCAAGCUCCCCAUCCGUACCCCUAUUAUGAUCGGCCUCCGGACCAUCCACACCCAGAUCCGCAGUCCGGUUAUUUCGUUCACAAAGACUACGACUUCCAAGACUGUUAUCCACCUCUUCGACAUGACCAGAUCCAUGUUCCACCACCAGACAUGCAAGCUGAUGGAGCUGUUGGCGAGAAAGAGCGAUUACGUCGGCAUGAGGAGAGACUCCUUCCUAGUCAACCUCCAACUGACGAAAGUGGCCCUUCAUCGUCAAGGACAGUCGUGCCUCCACUAGCACCAUCAGUCCCCCCUACAGAUGACGAGGAAGACUUGUACGGUCCCGACGAUGCAACUUCUCAGGAAGCAUCACGGGGUCUCCUUCCCCCUGGAUUCCUCGCCCCUGCAGAAUCUGCUAGUGGUGCCUCUGCGCCUUCCCUUGCCGACUUUGGUCCAGCUGCCAGCGCCAACCAGAACGAGGACAAGCAAGAGCUUGAACGGCGACGGCUGAUGGACGAAGCGAGCGCGCCACCCGUGUUCACCGCCGACGAAGAUGACGACGCGGGCGAGGGAAGCAGCAGUCGGUCACAGCACGAGCCGUCUGCGCCCCCUAUCUUGGAUGACCACGAGUACGGGCAUCAUUACUCGCAUCAUAUUCUACCGGAAUCUUCGUUCCGGCUCGAGAUGUUGCCGAAGUAUGAGCGGUGA